AUGGCAUCGGCCCCCACCGCGCAGAAGACGUUCACAAUUGGAACGCGCAGUUCCAAGCUGGCUCUCUUCCAGACUGAACAAGUUCAAGCAGCCCUGAAGAAGGCAUGGCCCGAAUAUGAUUUCAAGAUCUUCUCCAAGGAGACUGCGGGUGACCUCAAUACCACCAUUGCCCUUCGAGACUUUACCACCAAGAACCUGUGGACGGAGGAAUUGGAGGAAUUGAUGAUCGCCGGACAGGUUGAUUUGAUUGUCCACUCGCUGAAAGAUGUCCCCACCCUCCUCCCCUCCUCCUGCGUAUUGGGCCCGAUGAUGCCACGGGAAGAUAACCGGGACGUUCUGGUGGUGAAGCAAGGACUGUCCUACAAGAGUCUGGCGGAGAUCCCCGCCGGCUCUGUCGUUGGCACGUCGUCCAUCCGCCGGACCGCCCAGCUGGCACGAAAAUACCCCCAAUUGAAGAUCCAGGAUGUCCGGGGGAAUAUCGGCACCCGGCUGGCCAAGCUGGAUGCCGAGGACAGCCCGUACACCUGCAUUAUCUUGGCCGCGGCUGGUCUGUUGCGUCUUGAGCUGCAGGACCGCAUCACACAAUACCUCGACUCCAAGAACAGCGGUAUGCUCUACGCCGUUGGCCAGGGCGCGCUUGGAAUUGAGAUCCGCAAGGAGGAUCAGAUCUUGCAUGAGAUGCUCAGCAAGAUCGGCCAUCAGGACACGACUCUCGCCUGUUUGGCGGAGCGCAGUCUGUUGCGCACCCUCGAAGGUGGCUGCAGUGCUCCGUUGGGUGUCGAGACUGAAUGGGUUCGGACUCCAGAGGGCGCGAAGAAUUUGCAGAUGCGGUCGGUUGUUGUCAGCGUGGAUGGCAAGGAAUGUGCCCAAGUGACAUUGGACGCCGACGUCAGCUCCGCAGCAAGUGCUGAGGCUUUUGGCGUCACUGUGGCCAAGGCCUUGGUGGCUGACGGUGCCGGGGCCAUUCUCGAGGCCAUCCAGCAGGAGAAGGUGGCCAAGGAGAAUGUCUCCGUUUAG